AUGGAGCUUCAAGCAUGGCGUACUGCAGUCUCUUAUGGCGCGUAUUUGCAGUCAAUUCACUUGAAAAUAGUGGGAUCCGAUCGACAAGAUACAUUUACAUCGUUGAGCCAAGAAUCAGUGCUUGAAAAAGACGAGAAUCUGCACCACACGAGCCCCAAGACUGUAGAAACCGUUUCGAACGGAACUCAUUCGUUUUCACAGCAUCUAGAGGCUUCAGUGGAUCCUGCAACCGCUCAAAAUGGCGUCAAGGUUAUGGACAAGACAGAAUGCAUUACGGUGAUACCUCCUUAUACAAGUGAAUGUUUUAAUCAUGGCGAACAGAUGGUACUGAACGCUGGUGGACCUGUGUGGGCUAUGGACUGGUUGCUUUCCAAGACUGAAGCCAAAGAAACGGAUGUUGCUGAUGAUGAUACUGCAUCGAAACCGAAGAAGACUCGAAGAAUCUCUGUAGCUGGUAAAACAGGUGCUGGAAAGGCUUUUAGGUGCAAAGAGAACAACAAAACAGAGACGUCAGGAGACGGAGAGAAGACAGCAGCUUCUAAUGGUACUGUAGACAUAGAGGAAGACUUGAAGUUCGAGUGGAGAUUUUUGGCGUUGGCGACGCAUCCGCCAUGUGAAGUGAAAGACGGGAAAGUGGUGAAAUCGACGCCGCCAGACCAUUAUUACGAUACGCAGGAGAGUGCGCGAAAUUUGAUUCAGAUUUGGGCGGUGCCAGUGCAACGACACAUACCUGCAAGUAGCGGACAAUCUAGCAGAGGUAAGCCUGCUAAAAGGAAGCUUUUGAAGCCACGAAUUGUCUAUGCAAUCGAUCACGAAAGCGGCGUUGCAUGGGAUUUGCAAUGGUGUCCGCUUGUGAAAAAGUUUCCCAAAGCAUGUCGUCACGAAAAUAUUCUCGGCAUCUUGGCAGUAUGUUUUGGAGAUGGAAGCAUGAAAGUAUUUGAAAUCCCUGCCAUUCUGGAGGAAAGGUUACAGCCCACGCUGGUCAACGAAGCAGUUUGUGUUGCGGAAAAGAACAUUCUUAUUGUGGCGGGCAGGGUACCACGUAUUAUGCAAUUGAGCGUGCACUGGUCGCCACACAAAUGGAACAUGCUUCUGACGGGUGGUUCUGACGGUUCUGUGUCACUGUGGAAUAUUGAAACGGCGGUUCGAGAAAGUAAAAGCUUAGGAAUUGAUCAUGAACAACUAGAGCCUAUAGAACCACAACGGCGCUUUCAGGACGCCGACACAAUUGGAAAGCAAGAGGCAUUUGACUGGGGCUGUGGAUGGGCUGCAAUCCGUGCCGUUGCGUGGUCUCCGUUCGACGAAUACAUCUUCGCCUCCACUGGAAACGACUCAGUGUUUAAGGUAUGGGAUGUACGUGAGCCUCGCGUUUGCCUUCGGUCACACCGAAUACGCUCUACAUGGGGUCUUGCGCUUCAGUGGAUGGAUCAAACAUCGAUUCAGAUUUCUGGCGACCAAGGAUUUGUCUAUAUGUACGACAUAUUGAGUGGCAGUUAUCAAAAGCUGCACUUCCACCCACAGAUUGACACACCUAUAUGGGAUUUGCAGUUUGCUCGUCGUGGCGAUGUGCCAUUGCUUAUCUCGUGUUGCGCAUCGGGCAGCAUUCGAGCUGCUCCAGCCAAACGGUUAUAUCGCGCACCACAGAACUGCGUGGAAAUAUGUCGCCUUUCCGGUGAAAAGGACUCUUGUAUUGAGAAGCCUUUCAAGUCGUUAACAGUAUCUUUUGAGAAGCACUCAGUAUUGGGGAAGGGAGAGUCUGGGAGUCAGCAUACGAGGGAAUUUUGUGAACGGGAUGCUGCUUUACACCGCUUACGUCUAUCUUCGUGUAGUACGGGUGAUUAUCCGUGCUUCCUGGCUGCUGGAGGCCAUGCUGGAUUAGUGAUUUUGCUUGAGGCGCAGGAGUUGCUUGACACGCUGGUAACAAAAUUCUUUAUGGCACCUUCUAAGAAAAUUGGUCGACCCAAGAAGAUAUUUGCAACAGUAGGUGGUCAUCACAUGCCGAAGAAGGGACCAAGCAAGCAAACUGGAGGCAUAGCGAAAGGGGCGAUAAGUGCAGGACGAAAAGCAAGGACGCUUGGAAGUUUUGCCAAAGCUAAAGGCAUGCACACAGCUUUGAACAAAUACAAAAAGCCACCGAAUACAGACAAAAACAAAGGCAAAGCUAAGGCAAGGUCACAAAUAAAACGGCACCAGAAGAAUUCGUUUAUACAUGAAGAUGGACAAGUAGAAGUGGAUAACAGUGUCGAAGAGGAAUCAGAAUUUGAAGAGGAAGACGAGGAAGAAGAUGAGUCCGAUCUUUCUUUCAUGGGUGGAGACAGCUCGGAUGACGUUCGUGUGAGUGUCUCAGAUGAUGACGUUGAAGAGGAAGCAGAGAUGAGAGCAACCAAUGCGAACCCAGAAGAAGCCCGGUUGAUGAAGGAGUACCAGUUAGACUUGUCCGAGGAGGAUGCUUACUUGCUAGCUGUUGAGAUGUCACAAGCCGGUGAUGCUCCGGCUGCAUCUGCAUUGGAUACCGGUAAAGAUACGCCAAGUUCUGCAUCAACUCCUGUAGUACAGGAAAAGCUACAGCAGAAAUGUUUGAGCGCUAAAUCUAGUGCCACAGUAAAACGAAAAGCAAGAGUACCGAAGACGACGAUGAAGGCUACUGGCAGAAGAAGAGCACCUGUAACAGACUCCGGAAAAGGCGAAAAGCGCAGAGGAACUGCCAGCACUAAGGUAGCACCUAUUGUUGCUGAAAGUAACCAUGAUGCACGUACUGAAGCAAAUCAAAAGAUCGAGGUGCAACCUGACAGCAGUGGCGAGCCAGAGUCGAACACGCACCUCGUUGUUGCGCCAGCUUUGACGGCAGAGAAAAAAAAGCCCGUGGCUAUAGAUGCUCAAUCGUCUGCUGUGAUACUAAAGAAAGAAGAAACGAAGUCUAAGCCGAACAGAGCGUUUGCAAAGAAAGCAAGCACGAAGUCAAAGAAAGAGAGUUCUAUGCUUUUCAAAGCAAUCAAUCAGGCAAUGGCUCUACAGGCGCUUGAGUAUCAAAUGGGAAUGUCCGAGGAGAACGCGUUGAAGCAGGCAGUUCGGCUAUCCGAAAGAGAAGCCAAUCGACGCUCUUCGUGUGGUGAACAGUCAAAACUGCACAUUCUGUCUGAAUCAACAGGUGGAGCACUGCCAACUUCGACACGAGCAAAACAGACCCCAGCUACACCUUGUACUAGGGGACCUUCCGAAACGAGGCAAAAUAUGAUGAAAAAAGCAAAGGAGAUGGCACGAUUGGGCGACACAGUUGCGGCUUUUGCUGAAGAAGACGCGUUGCACCAACGGCUGCAGACACCUCGCCGGUUGCAAUUUUCACCUGUUAAUGGAAGCGAACGUGGAGACCAGACAGGGAUGUCAACAGCAGAUAGUGACGGUAAAAUAUCUGUCGCAAUGCCAGCUCCACACGGGUUUGAUGUUGUACCAUCUACUGCAGUAUCGCCUCCGAAGGAGUCAUCCCCCAAAAUAUCUCCAGGGAUGAAAUCACCGAAGACGAAAUCAAAGAUGUCCGUAAAAUUUCCGAGUACUAAAAUGGAGACACCGAAGAAGGCAGAAGCGAUAGUACGACUUGCCAGCGAAGGUGCUGCAGCUUCUAUAACUUUAAAAGGUAACAAGUCAGCCAAGCGUCCGAAAAGUGUAAGGACCAGGGCAGCUGACUCGGCUGAAAAAUGCAAAAAGACGAUGACAGUCUCGCGAAGUGGACGUCGUAGCAGUAAGGGAGCAGCCCAAGGUGACGUCAUGUCCGAAGAGGACGCUCUUCUUCUUGCAUUGAAGAUGUCUGAGAUUGAGUAUUAG